GCAGCUUUUUUUGUUCCUCUCUCUGGAGUGAGCACGGCUCCUUCUCCAAACUCUGCGGAGGGAAAAGUGGAAGAAAAGGACGGAAAAGAGGAGAAAUAAGGAGCUCGGAGACUCAUCAGAGACACGGGGAGCGUUAGUUUUCUCCAUCAUGAUCCUCUGAACUCCUCCGUCCGUGUGUCUGUCUGUCUGUCCCCGACAACAACCUCACGACCUGCCGGGACUGGGACUCCGAGAAAAAACGGAUCGAACCGGAGGGAAGCUCGCUGCUGUUGUGGAUCCGGAGGGAACCUGCGGACAGAGAUGUAGCGUGUGUGUUGGUGUGAUCGGCGGACCAUCAUGCACCUCUUCCUGCUGCUGAUCCUUCAAGCCACAGCAGCCUUCGGACAGAUCGACCCCGCACAUUGUCGCUAUGCCUUGGGCAUGGAGGAUGGACGGAUCACAAAUGAUGACAUCACAGCAUCCAGCCAAUGGUACGAGACCACGGGACCACAGUACGCCAGGCUGAACCGUGAGGAGGGGGACGGCGCCUGGUGUCCUGAGGGACAGCAGGAGCCUUCGGACAGUCAGUACCUGCAGGUGGACCUGGGCCGCCUCACCUUCCUGACGGUGGUCGGGACUCAGGGACGAUACGCCAGAAACUCCGGGAACGAGUUCGCCCGAGCGUACCGCCUCAACUACAGCAGGGACGGGCUGCUGUGGAAGCCCUGGAGGAACCGGCAGGGAAACACAGUGAUGGAGGGCAACAAAAACGCCUACGCCUCCGUCAUCAACGACCUUCACCCGCCCAUCAUCACCCGCUACGUCCGUCUGAUCCCCGUCAACAAGCUGUUGACCACCGUCUGCAUGAGAGUGGAGCUGUACGGCUGUCCAUGGGACGACGGCCUGAUCUCCUACAGCGCUCCGGAGGGUCAGCUCAUGAUGCCACCUGGUUAUCCCAUCGCCAGCCUCAACGACUCCACGUACGAUGGAGCACAUGAGAGGAGGAGGCUGUUCGGUGGGAUGGGUCAGCUGACGGACGGCGUGAUCGGCCUGGACGACUUCCUGCUGACGCGUCAGUACCACGUGUGGCCGGGCUACGACUACCUGGGCUGGAGGAACGACUCGCUGGGAACUCAGGGAUACGUGGAGAUGGAGUUUGUGUUCGACAGACAGAGGAACUUCACGUCCAUGAAGGUUCACAGUAACAACAUGUUCUCCCGCGGCGUGAAGAUCUUCUCCUCCGUCUCCUGCUGGUUCAAGCCCCGCCUCAUCGCCGGCUGGGAGGCGGAGCCUGUGGCGUUCAAGACGGUGCUGGACGACAGGAACCCGAGCGCCCGCUACGUCACAGUGCCGCUGAACCGACGCACCGCCAAAUCCCUCCGCUGCCGCUUUAACUUCGCUGACGUCUGGAUGAUGUUCAGCGAGAUCUCCUUUCAGUCAGAGGACACCAUACUCCCGACCCAGAUGACCCUGCUGGUGACCUCCCCUCCAGCCAGUGAGGAGAGCACCAUGACACCCACAUCAAAGACAGCAACUGUCAAUCCGUCAGCCAGUGAUCCGCCUGACGACGGGAACACGCCCAUCCUGAUUGGCUGCCUGGUGACCAUCAUCCUGCUGUUAGUCAUCAUCAUCUUCCUCAUCCUCUGGUGUCAGUACGUCUGCAAGGUGCUGGAGAAGGCUCCACGUCGGAUCCUUGAUGAGGAGGUGACGGUUCGACUGUCGUCCUGCAGCGACACCAUCAUCCUGCAGACCCCCCCCGUGCCCCCCCGCUCUGGACACGCCCCCACAGGCCCCGCCAACACUGACCCUCACUAUGAGAGAGUCUUCCUGUUGGACCCUCAGUACCAGAACCCGGCGGUGCUGAGGAACAAGCUGCCGGAGCUGUCGCAGAGCGCCGAGGCCUCAGCGUGUGGAGGAGGCUACGCCGAGCCUGACGUCACCCAGUGCACACCGCACCAGUGUUUCCAUAGCAACGCGCCACACUACGCCGAGACGGACAUCGUGCGGCUGCAGGGCGUCACCGGCAGCAACAUGUACGCCGUGCCCGCCCUCACCGUCGACUCCCUCACCAGGAAGGACAUCUCCGCGGCCGAGUUCCCACGGCAACAGCUGAUCUUCAGGGAGAAGCUGGGGGAGGGGCAGUUUGGAGAGGUCCACCUGUGUGAGGCUGAGGGACUCCCAGAAUUCCUCGGGGAGGGGUCGCCCCUCCCUGACAGAGACGGCCACUCCGUGCUGGUGGCCGUUAAACAGCUGAGGGCCGACGCCACCAGUCAGGCCAGGAACGACUUCCUGAAGGAAAUAAAGAUCAUGUCUCGUCUGAACGACCCCAACAUCAUCCGGCUGCUGUGUGUGUGCGUGUCAUCCGACCCGCUGUGCAUGGUGACUGAAUACAUGGAGAACGGAGACCUCAACAUGUUCCUGUCGCAGCGGGAGAUCGAGAGCACGCUGACGCACGCCAACAACAUCCCUUCAGUCAGUCUCUCCGACCUCCUCCACAUGUCGGUGCAGAUUUCGUCGGGGAUGAAGUACCUGGCAUCUCUGAAUUUCGUGCACCGAGACCUGGCCACUAGGAACUGCCUGCUGGACCGCCGCCUCACCAUCAAGAUCGCCGACUUUGGGAUGAGCCGGAACCUGUACAGCAGCGACUACUACCGCAUCCAGGGCCGGGCAGUGCUGCCCAUACGGUGGAUGGCCUGGGAGAGCAUCCUACUGGGUAAGUUCACCACAGCCAGUGACGUGUGGGCGUUCGGUGUCACCCUGUGGGAGAUCUUCACCCUGUGUAAGGAGCAGCCCUACAGCCUGCUGUCUGACGAACAGGUCAUAGAGAACACUGGCGAGUUCUUCAGGAACCAGGGCAGACAGAUUUUCCUGUAUGCCCCUCCGCUCUGCCCACCUUCUCUCUUCGAGCUGAUGAUGCGUUGCUGGAGUCGAGAUAUCCCCAACCGACCCUCCUUCGAGGGACUUUACCAGGCCCUGAGGCCCCACGUCAACCAGUGAGUCGAAGUCGCUGGGACGUACCACUCGGGCUUUCCUCUGGACUCCUGAAAGACAACCGAACUGACAUGAGAAGACUGGUGUUGUGUUACGAGAGCGAGAGGCUGUCAGAGGGACUGAGGGAACUGGCAGAGCUGUGGUCAGAAGGUUGGUUUUGCUUUGUGGGAAUAGCAGCUCGCUAUUCUGAGAGACACGACUGAGAUGGGAAAAGAAAAGGUCGGUCAAAUCAGAGGAGAAACGUUUUGCAAGAUUAAAAGUGAACAAAGAUUUCUAAGCUUUUGAAAGAUUUCUGUCAAUGCCAGUUUCACAGUUUCACCCAUCUCUUUAAAGCCUCUUUGACCAAAAUGUCUUGUCUGACCUUUUGAUAUACUUUCUUUUCACGGUUUUACCUUGUGCCAAAGGUGCCGUAAACUUUAUUUUCUUCCUCUCUGGACAGACUCUUCGGUCUUGGUACUUUCUCCUGUCCCUGUGGUUUUUAUUAUUAUUGUAAAGCACUGUGUCUGUGUCUCUCAGUUAUUCAUGUUCAUAUAUUAACCCACACUGGAGCUAGGGUUAGGGUCAAAUUGUAGUGUAGGAUUUUAUUUUUAUUCUAUUUUAUUUUUCUUGGUUUAUUGUAUUUCAUUUGUUUUGGUCUUUUUUUUUUGUGGAUAUGAAUGUUGUUCAGCUGAGGUUCACGUCACAGUGCCGAGAGGCUGCGUCGAAACCUGUGUGGUUCACAGACUGAGGGUCAGUCGGUGGGUAACUGUGGGUAAUUUAGGAAAGAAUCACAAUCGGAGGCACAUCGAAACCAAAUAAGAAAAAAAACAAGUAGUGCCUUUUUUGUUGCCAAAGAGAAACAAAGAUUGUUUGUGUUAAAAUUACAUUAUUAUAAUAAAAUUGUAAAAAAUAAUCCGCAAAACAUUACACCAAUAACAUCUGCAAAUUGGUUCUUUUAUUCAAAGUGCCUUACAUCUGUAGCAAGAGUGGUACCAGUGGGAAUUUAGCCAACAUUAAUAACACGGGUACUACAAGUAGGUAAAGAUCGAAUGUCAAGGUAUCACUUUACCUUUGUCUGUGUUUGUGGUUUGGCCUACAAAUGUAUACUGAGUGUGUAUACGUCUGUGUUGGAGCCCAUAGACCUGUAGGUGUAUAUGCUUUGUCUCCAUUAGUCCUGUUCUGCCUUGAUGGAGUUAGAAGUGAUUUAGGUUAGCAUUAGCCAGCUAGCCACAGAGCUGUACAAUGUUGAAAUUUGAAGUCAGUAGUUUCGUCACUAAUAAGACAGUGAAACAAAUCACAAACCGUUCAAAUUAAAGGAGCUACUUGUGAGUUUUGCUAUUGCUACAUAGUUAGCAUUAGCAUUAACAGCUGUUUACUCACCAGUCUACAAGAAACGUUGCGAGUUUAGCAUCAAACUUCAUAUCUUUACCCACCAAGAGCUGUCUACAGAGGUGGAAACAAACAACAAUGUUAACUCUUGUCUCUAAUACGUCUUUUCUGUUACUGAAGUUAGCAUGCUGACCAGCUAGCCCUGGUCCGUCUCAUCACUUUUCAAUAGCGACUCACUGUAGCGUCCAAUCUGACCUGAAGACGUAGUGCUGCACAGAGGGCGUAUUAUUAUACACAUCGAUGGCGGACGCUCUUGUCAAGCAACAAUCACCACUAUGUGCUCCCAGCAAGAAACCACUUUGGUGGCAGAGAAAACUUAGCGAUAGCCCCUUUGAGAUUAAAAUAUUCACCCAACAGAAACCGGUCCUUUGCAGCAACUCAUAAAGUAACACAGAAAUCUUGGCGAAAAAAGUUGACAAAUUGUGGUGUUAUAGUGAAAAGAUUUAGUUUUGAAGACAAUGAAGACACUAUAGCCCUGUUGGAAUAUACCACAACUUUUGUAUAGGUGCUAGUUAGCUGACUAGCUAGUUCUUGGGGGACAAGGUUUACUUCAUUUUAACUGUCUAACUAACUAGCAAAGUACUUAGCAAGUAAGGUUAUGGUUAAACAAGGUUUAGCUUCAAAACUGCGGAGAUGUUGGUUAGCUUUCUGAGUUAUUUGUCUACUGUUGUCUGUACCCAGUUCAUAAUUAGACUUUGGUAUGAUUUAAAAAGACUACAGCAGCCAAUCUGACCACAUCGAGGUAAAGUCUUGACAAGUGGCGAAUCAGGCAUUACAUUUACAUUUUGGGCCAUACAUAGCAGAACUACUGUGUUAGAAUGGGGCCCUCGGACCUGAGAGCCAAUGAGCCACAAAGGACUGAGGAGCAGGGGGCUGAUACACUUUGGACAGAUGAAGCCGUCAGACAAGUCACGUCUCUCACUGCAGUAACCAGCCAAUCACUGCUGCACCUUUCCUAAUGCCCUGAAGGAGAUUCAGAUUCUGUAUGUUUGAAAAACAAGUCUUUCUUUAAAUCUGUACUGAUUUUUGUCGCAUAGCAAUCGAAAGAGUCUUGUUUACAAAACUAAUGCAGGAUAGAUGCAGCACAGAACAAAAUGAAUGCAGAGCUGAGGACUUUACAGUGUUACUGCAGUCUUCAGUAAAUCUGUGGAAAGGCAGAUACAGGGGAAAAGGUAAUGAUGUUGUUAGCUGUUGUGAUGAUGGGUUUUCCAUACACUGCAGCAUUUCUUGCCAACACUGAAACUGGAUUAACAUAUUUUCUCCCACUUGGAUUUUUCUUAUAUGCCAGUCACACCAACAUUUUAAUAGUUUCCAGCUUAUCUCAAUGGAAUUGCUACAAUCAGUUAAUUCAGGCAAAGCAGAUCUGUGUAAAUCUUUCAUGAAUUGGAAUCCAAAUUCAAGUUUGGUGAACUUCAACACAGAAAUUUGUGCUGUCGACUAUGGAGAAUUACAAUCAUUCAGAAAGCUGCACUAACAGGGUAUUGUAUCUGUAACUGUAGUUUUGUAACCUUGUGCAUUUAUGUUUGUAUCCAGAACUUGUUAAUUUUGUUUUCUGUCUGCAAACUCCAUGUUGAUAAACAAGAUCUACAAAAAGUACAAAACUCAGCUUACACAAACAAACUUCAGUGCUAUGGUUACAGAUACAAGAACACCUUUUUGAAUGAUAUAAUAUUCCAUUGUCCACCAGUAGCAAACUGUCUUGAUAGUUCUGACCUUUGAGGGAAUGGAGAGUCCAACACAGGAAAUGCUAAUAUGGCUCAUUACCUGUGUUGCACCAUCCACUUUAACUCUCCUUUGUAGAGUAUACAUUGUUGACAUGGUUUGUAGACAGUUAUGAGACAGCUGGCUAGCUAGCUAAGUGAUUGUCAGCUAAGUGCUAACAGACAGUUAAUAGGCUAGAUAGCUCUCCAAGUUAGCAAGCCCACUGAGUGACAGUUAUGCUGCGUUCACGUCAUAUCGGAGUUACCUUAAUUUCCUACUUGCAAAAUGAGUUCAACAUCCAAUUUGUAAUUAUGACUGUCUGGGAAAAUUAAAAUUUUUCUGAAACCUCUGAUAUAUCCAACUUUCCAUCAAAGUCUGUUGCUAAAGGUUAUUAAAUGCAUGACCCUAGCAUCUCUGCAAAAACAACCGUAACUCAAGGUUAUUACACUUUCUUCAAAUUUCACUCCGUUUUUUUUUUUUGGCUUGUUAGCUAGUAAACAUUCUUUGCAGAAAUGUAGCAAACAUUUGUGUCUUUCUGUUUAGCUUUGUUAGUGUUUGUUGAUUAUGACGACUGGAAUCUCCAGUAAUAAGUAAGACGCAGUAGCACAAGAAGACUGACAGCUGCCAUCAGUUUAACGCUGACGUGAGCGCGGCAUUAGCAAGCUAGCUAACUUGAAGAGCUAGCAUGUUAGCAGUUAGUUCACCAACUAACCCUGCAAGAAAAGUCAACACUGACAUCAGCGGGGCAUUAGCAAGCUAGCUAACUUGAAGAGCUAGCUUGUUAGCAGUUAGUUCACCAACUAACCCUGCAAGAAAAGUCAACACUGAUGUCAACAGGGCGUUAGCAAGCUAGCUAACUUGAAGAGCUAGCAUGUUAGCAGUUAGUUCACCAACUAACCCUGCAAGAAAAGUCAACACUGACAUCAGCGGGGCGUUAGCAAGCUAGCUAACUUGAAGAGCUAGCAUGUUAGCAGUUAGUUCACCAGCUAACCCUGCAAGUAAAGUAAUUUUGUCACCAAUGCGUCUAUCAAUUUCUUUAUUUUAUGUCCCACUCUUUUUAUAUUUUAGCCUUUUAGUUAAUGCAGUACGUGUGUACAGUAUUUUGAAUCCUCCCGUAGAACAAAUUGUUCAAAAUAUAAAAUGGCACAAACCAACAUCAUCUUCACAGUAAAGAGGGAGGAAGACCAAACAUGUUCAGUUCGAGUGUUUUUUGUCGUUACAGUAGUGUUUUGUUAUCUGUACUGUAUCUUCUAUGAGUGUAUGAGCGUGUGUGUGUGUGUGUGUUAUUAAGAGAUGAUGAGUUUUGUGAAUGAGUGUUUUCGACAUUCCUUUGAGCACUGGGAGCUAGUUGGGAUUAUAGUGGUUGACCAGAGGUGCUCUGUUGUACCAAAUUAUGUGAUUAAAAGAGGGAGAAAAGUGUUUUUUUUUAAGACAAGAGGAAAAAGUGCAGGAAGUAAGGAAACCACUAAACUCAAUCUCCCAGAGUCCUUUGCUACAGUGAGCCUGUGUAUUUUGUUCUGGUUGCAUUAGAGAGAUAGACGAGUCAUUUAGUUUGAUAGUGUACAGUAUAAGUGAUCUAUAAUAUCUCAGUGUGUGAAUGCAGAUUAGGUGUGAUAAUUGUUAUUGAUAAGUGAUUAUCUAUCAGAAUUUAUAGUAGCUAUUUCUCGUGAUUAUUUCUAUUCUGGAAAGGUGUUGGGUUUUUUUUUCUUGGUUUUUUUCCAACAGGAAUUCAGCAGCUUUGAAUCUUUCUAUCAGAGACGUCCUGUUUGUUUUCCUGCUGUGUUCUCUCCGGUUUCUCAUCCACACUGUUUGAGCUUCAGUCUCAUCUUCAGUAUUGUUUCAGACAUAUAUUGUACAUAGGCUAGUAGCUGUGUAUAUUAAUAUAUUGGGAGGUAGGAACUUUGCGUUCUGUCGUCCCAAGUCAUUUUCACUCUGUACUCUCAUGUCUCGGUUUGUUUUUCUUAAUAAUAAACAGUAAAAUUUGUCAAACAGAA